GUCUGUGUGGUAGUUUACAACCAGAAGUUUUAAGUGCUUUGUGUUAAUUGACUGACUCAGUCCACUGAAUUUGAGUUUGAAACUAUUUUCAUUCUCAACUGAGAAAGUUUAGUAUUUCACGCAAGUCCCUGUGGUGAAUAAAUGGUGGGGCCAGAAUUUGAACCUAGACUUGAGAUUUUAGGUCAGAGAACAGUCAAUCAGCUACUAAGCAGGAGACUGGGGCUAUACAUUCAUUAGGUUAAAUUGCUGCUAGUAAGCUUUAACGCCAGAAUUCAAAACUUCACACCAAUUAUAAUGCGGAAUCUCUGUCCUUCAGAAAGUGAGGGUCUACUUGAGGUGAACAGCCAUAGAGAAGAGCCCAGGCAAGAACGGUGGUCGCGGGUCUGGCUUGGGGGAACCAUGGAGAAGGGCCAGCCUCCCAACUUCCUAGAGAGGCGCCAGGAGCUCCUGCCGGGAGCGCUUCCGCCUGCGCUGCAGUCCGCGCGGCUGCGAGUCUCAGGGUGAGCACCCUGGGUUACGCGACCUCGUUCCCGGGUGGCCCCACGGCUUUCCCAUCCUGGGACUCGGGCGUCGGGACCUCACCCACACCGCAGAGGAGCCCUUGGGGCGCUGCGAGCCUGUGCCCAGCGGAGGGGCGAGAUGGGUUUUCCAGCCCCGAAGAGCCGGCCUGACAUCUGACUCGUGCUCUGCAGGUUCUUGCUUUUCCAAACAGAGAGGGCUGUACAAGAAGCCAGGGGUCAUCAGCCAUGCACCAGACAGUGUGGUCCCAGGAGCCAGUGACCUUUGAGGAUGUGGCUGUGUACUUCACCCAGAACCAGUGGGCCGGCCUGGCCCCUGCACAGAGGGCCCUGUACAGGGAGGUGAUGCUGGAGAAUUAUGUAAACCUAACUUCCUUGGCAGCAUUUCCAUUCUCCAAACCAGAUCUGAUAUUCCAGCUGGAGCGAGGGGAGGCACCAUGGGGCCUAGAUCCCUGGACACCCGUCGGGGAAGAGGCCCUGAGAGGUGUCUGCACAGGUGGUAAAACCAAGACUGAGAAUGGAGGGCAAACUGCAGAGCCGAACAUUUAUAAAGGACCAGAGUCACACAGACUAAUAACAGAGGCACUGCUGGUGGGUGUUCCCCCUCACUUUGAGAACAGCUUAGAAAAGCUGCAGGUGUAUAACAAAGGGAAGAAAACAAACUCAAAGAAUGGCAAUCCCACAGCUUUGCCAGUCCAGGAUCAUACAUCCUCCACUGUUGAAAGAGAGGGGGUAGCCAGACAACUGGAAGGAAGCUGUGGUGUCCACACACAUCUCAUUACAAAGCAGGGCCUCUCCAGAGAACGGGUAUUUUAUAAAUGUGGUGGGUGUGGCAGAUAUUUCAAUCAACAUUCAGACCUUUACCAGCAUCAGAGAAUUCACAUGGACAAGAAGCCUUACAAAUGUAAAGAAUGUGGGAAAGCCUUCAGCUACAACUCAAAACUAUCACGGCAUCAGAAAAUCCACACUGGGGAGAAACCAUACUCAUGCCAGCAGUGUGGACAAGCCUUCAGUCAAAACUCCCACGUCCUUCAGCAUCAGAAACUCCAUGUGGGAGAGAAGCCCUAUGCAUGUAAGGAGUGUGGGAAAACCUUCAGCUACAACUCAAAACUUAUCAGGCAUCAGCGAAUCCACACUGGUGAGAAACCCUUUAAAUGUAAGGAGUGUGGGAAGGCUUUCCGGUGUAGCUAUGACUGUAUUAUCCAUGAACGAAUCCACACUGGCGAGAAGCCCUAUGAGUGUAAGGAGUGUGGGAAAAACUUCAGUUCAAAUUCAGUCCUUAUUCAGCAUCAGAGAAUCCACACUGGGGAGAAACCUUAUGAGUGUAAAGAGUGUGGCAAGGCCUUCCACCGGAGCUCAGCCUUCCUGCAGCACCAGAGGUUCCACACUGGGGAAAAACUCUAUAAAUGUAAUGAAUGUUGGAAAACUUUCAGUUGUAGCUCACGCCUUACAGUACAUCAGAGAAUCCACACAGGGGAGAGACCUCAUGAAUGCCAGGAGUGUGGGAAGGCCUUCAAUCAGAAAAUCACCCUGCUUCAGCACCAGCGAGUUCACACUGGGGAGAAACCUUAUGAAUGUAGGGUGUGCGGGAAAUCCUUCAAAUGGAGUGCAAGUUUCAUUCAGCAUCAGAAACUGCACAGUAGGGAGAAACCCGCCCAAGUUACAGGGCCAACCCGGGUUAAGCCCUACUGCUCCUCCUUAAUCCUCCCCACUCUGCCUUCCCAACAUGCAAGCUCUGCCCCAGCCAUGCCAGGGGCUUCUCCCCUGCCUUCUCCGCAUACACUGCUGCUUCCUCCCUCUGUACCUGUCUUUGUGCUGCUCACAUAUGAAAUGAUCAGUUCUUCACCUGUCCAAAUAGUGCAUUUCUUUCAGGAUCUUGCUUCUCCUGGGAAAUCAUCCCCUCAUAUCCUGAAACUUUAUGUUCUCAACCCCGAAGUUCCUAGACUAGCAGACUUCCCUCUGGUUCCUGGCCAUGUCACUCUUGAUAUUCUGCUCUUCUGCAAAUCAGUCAUUAUUAUUUUCCCAGAUCCAUUUACGUUCUCACACUUAAGGACCAUUCUUAAUGACUUUCGUCUAUCUCCUGGGUAGGAAAUGGUAGUGUUUGUUCUUUAUGUUGUCCAGUUUGGGCCUACCAUCAGUCCCCUCCUGCCUUCUGGGGCUACUAGAGUUGGAAGAGUUGGCAGGCUAUUUGGGGUUUUAGGGAAAUUAACUUACAGUGAGGUGAGCCAUCAUAAUUCAUGAAGCAGGGAAAACACAAAGUCUGUAAGAGAAAAUAAUCAGAAAAAGUAUCCAAUGAUUACUUUUAGGAUUUAGGGAGGGCCAUGUGGCAGGGUUCAUUGUGGGGAAUCUGAGCCUUGGGUUUUUUUUUUUUUUUUAAUUGCCUUGAUGAUGUCCAUUAUGAGGAUCUUGUAUAACUAAGCUAUAGAGCAAGGAAGUCAUUAGGGAAAAGAAUACACUUGAAAAGGAUGUGGUUUUUCUCUUUGGGCUUCUUUGCUAUUUCCAUCUGUAUCAUUGUUUACUUUUGGUGCCCACUCAAAUAUGUAGGUACAAAAAGUGACAUGGGUUGUACAGUUGAGGGCAGGUACCCGAGUAUAGUAAUCUCUAAAUUAGGCAUAGGUUGCUCUUGUUGACAUCACACUGGGGAACAGAGAGAAAGAGAAGAAAAAUCAGACAGUGACUUGCUGUAGCUCCUGCCUUAGAAGAGCAUUCUUUGCUGAUCAGUUCCCAUAUGUGCCCUCAACAUGUUUUCAGACUACUCCACAUCCCCUGUGAUUCAUUUGUGAGGGGUCAUACUUUUAAAUUUAUUUCAUAAUUAACUACUUUGAUAACACUAACAAGAAGAGUUUAAAGGACACAAAUCUUUGUUUUUGUUUUUUGUUUUUUGCUUUUCAGGGCUGCAC